GGGCUAAGGACUUUAAACACAACACAACCCCAGCCUGUGGCCCCAGAUACGAUAACAGGUCCGUUGGGCACCGAUCUCUCUCCCACCAAAUGUCGCAGAAAUGGCUCUCCGGGCUAGCAGGCCAGGUCGCGUGAAGGUCGAGAAUAGUUUCAUGUUACGUCAAGUGGUCUGGUUCGGUACUCACCCGAUCUGGUGCAUGAUAACAGCUUCAUCAGUCACAAGUGUCAUUAUGAUGCCAACCCGAGAGGGAAUUGGACUCUCAGGGAGCUGUGGCAAAAGAGCAGCAUCCCUUCCUUUGCGGGGUUAACAUAGCUUGACGUCGUCUUACAAGUAUGUUUGCUGGUGACGUUUGGAAGGGAACGGAGGGAGGGGGCGACUUGGUUUCCGAUUAUCCCUGUCAGAUGCCCGCCGCCAUUCACGCCGUACCUCAGCCGCCUUCAUCGAGGCUGGCGACGCCACAGCCUCCCCUUGCCUCCAAUGGAGACCACAAGAGCAUCCCCGUAUCGUCGACAUCUCAUCCCGAUAACCCUGUCCCCGAAGAGCCCCGUGGAGUUCGGGCACUGUCUGUAACCGAUAUCAAUUUCAGCAUCUCAUCACCAUCAUUGCGCGAUACCGAAUCCACCGGCUCCGAAUCACCGUCGCUUGCCCAGACGCCCGACACAGAGAUCUCGUCUGAUGCGGAAGAAUCAUUGAAAUCCUCCGUCGAAGAUGGCCCCGAGAAGCCCCGUCGAGCCUCCACUGUUCUAAUCUCUCAGAACUCUGAGGAUAUGAGAAGAAUUUUGGAGAAUGUUGGCGUUGCUGGUACUCAAAAGCUCCAGCCUCUGUGCUGUGGUGGUGGUUGCUGUCGCAGCCAGCCUUUGGUCAACAUUCCCACGCCAUCAGUUGGAGCUAACGUCGUCACUCCUCCGGACAACAAGGCCUACGAGAGCCUCAAGCUCAAUGUCGCUUACCUCACUUUGGAUAGCGAAUUAACGAAUCUUGUGCCUCUACCAGAGAAGACGGUCUCUUUUUCUGCAAUCCCGAAAUCGGCAGUCGAUUUGCAACUGGGUCCUGCAAAUCAUCCACCUCCUUUCGUCCAGCCUCAUCCCCCAUAUGACGUCUUCCGUGCGCCUUUGCACCAUGCCCGAGAAUUGACCAAGUCCGGUGCCGAGAAGCGUACAUAUCAUUUUGACAUCGACGUAACAGACUACCCUGCCGAGAGUGGUAGUGUCGAUUUCGUCGUCGGUGGCGCCAUUGGAGUAUGCCCCAAGAACAAGGAUGAGGAGGUCGAUGAUAUCUUCAACCUAUUGGGCGUGCCCAAGUCAAUUCGUGACAAGAAGAUUACCGUGCGCACCACGAAGGGUCGGUGGCCCACGAUCUGGGGAGACGAUCAACCUCGGGAGCUAAUCACCACCCGGCGGGAAUUGCUGAACUGGUGCUCAGACAUUCAGAGCUAUGCACCCACCAAGGGUCUAUUCCGACUGCUCGCCGAGUAUGCCAGUGAACCAAAUGAAAAGAAGAUCCUUUCGUUCCUCGCCUCCGCUCAGGGACAAGGUGCCUUCUGUGACCUGCGUACUAGCUCGCACAUCACCGUCUCUCAGCUGUUGCACGCUUUCCCCUCAUCUCAACCUCCCUUGGAUCAUCUUCUUUCUGUCUUGAAUACCCUCAUGCCGAGGUUUUACUCUCUUUCUCAAGACCCUCUUCUCUCAUGCAAGGAUAAGGGUACUCAAACCCGUCGUUUGGUUGAAGUGGCGGUGACUGUUGCCGAAUCGGACGAUUGGAAAGGAGGCAUGCGCACGGGCGUUGGGUCUGGAUUUCUCGAGCAGCUCGCACGCCAAGUGAUCGAGGCGGAGAAGAAGGGCAUUGACCCUUCCACUCUUGAUCUCCAUGUCCCUAUGUUCCGGGGCUUGAUGGCCAACCCGCUGGCCAAGCAGUUUACUUCCGACGGCCCGAUGCUCUUGAUUGGUGCCGGUGUUGGCAUCGCUCCCUUCCGCGGUUUCGUACAGCGACGCCUCCAGUCGGCCAACUGCGCUAACAAGGUCUGGGUCCUGCAGGGCGUCCGUGACUCCCUCUUGGACGAGCUCUACCGUGGCGAAUGGGGCGUUGAUGAGGAGAAGGUGCGCACGGUUGUCCAAAGCCGCCGUGGGGAGAGCAAGUAUGUUCAGGAAGAGGUGCGCCAUCAAGCUGAUUUGGUUUGGUUUGUCAUCAAUGCUCUGGACGGCCGAGUAUUUGUCUGCGGUAGCGGUAAGGGGAUGGGCGAGGGCGUUGAGGACGCUCUGGUCGAUGUUGCCAUGGCCAAGGGCAAUUUGAACAUGGAGGAAGCGAAGCAGUUCUGGGCGAACAAGAAGGAAGCUGGACAGUACAUUGCCGAGACCUGGUAAUGUUCUGAAGUAGUGGGUUAGACUGACGCCAGCCGUAUCACGUGUUGAUAUAUUCGCAUAUGUGUACUGCACUGGUUUGUUUUGUUUUUGUUCUAUCUUGGGUAUCUCUGUUAUAGUGUUGCUUUAGCGGGGUGGGUUCUGUUUUCAAACAUCUGUUCACGGUUGAUCCGGAAUUUCUGUCAUCAUCAUGGAACUAAACAUAGAAUUAGUUGGUAGCAAAUACCUAAUGCACAAUGCACAUUUCACAAUCACAAUGUUUAGAG